ACAGUGACCCACUUUUAACCUACUGUACAGUAGAGCGACAUCCACUUACCCACCUUUUUUUUUAUUAUUAUAUUUUUAGUGUGUUCCUGUAUCGGGUUUGGGGUUUCGAAGAGGGAGUUACAAGUGCAUGUGCCGUCGAGGUUAUUACUUCCCUGCUCCCAAAAACUUAGGCCAUCCUGGACCCAGUUAUUUCAACGGAGUCAUUAUUGAAGAGGAAUACGAAAAACUUAUGCAGGGAAAACCAAACAACUACAGCCAACAUAGCAUGUUCGAGUGUUUGCGAUGCGCUGAAGGAUGCGACGAGUGCAUCGACUCCAGUCCCUGUAUAGCGUCAUUAAACUGGGUACUCCGGACGAUUAUACUAGUGCUCUCUCUGGUCAUUAUCGGAUGCCUCCCGCUGGUCGUGUUCUUCACGUGGAAAUACGGACACCUAAAAGUCGUCCGAGCAGCUAGUCCUGCAUUGCUCAGAGUUAUUGCCCUUGGAGCGUUCUUUAUCUAUGCCACGAUGAUUGUGAUGUAUCCAAAACCAAAUGUGUUUACUUGUAUUGCUCGUGUAUGGCUUAGAGAAAUCGGAUUCUCACUCACCUAUGGAGCUUUAAUGCUGAAGACCUGGAGGAUAUCGGUUAUAUUCAGGGUGAGAUCAGCAAAAGUCGUGAAAAUCACCGAUAAAGACUUACUGAAGAGACUUGGGCUAAUGAUGGCAGUAGUUGGCUUGAUAAUGCUGAUAAGAACUCUAGUCAACCCACCGUAUGUUAUAGUAGGUAGAACGGCAGAUAAUUUAAAAACAGAUCUGUGUCCAACUGGAUGGUGGGACAGAUUCUUCUCAAUACUGGAAGUAUUAUUUCUAGUUUGGGGUAUCCGUCUCUGUAUUGUUGUGCGAAAAGCACCAUCAGAAUUCAACGAGAGUCGAUUCAUGUCAAUGGCCAUCUACAAUGAAUUUAUUCUUUCAGUCUUCCUCAAUGUAUCAAUGUUUUUUCUUCAAUCACCGGCUAAUCCUGACUUGCAGUAUAUAAUAUUCUUUUGCCAUACUCAACUCACAGUCACAACUUUGCUAGGGUUUAUAUUCGCUAGUAAGGCAUAUUUGGUGAUGAGAGGCGAAGAAGCAAACGAUGAAGACGGCCAGAUAAAGAGCAUUAAAGUGACCGGUGGUAGUAGGAUGUUGAGUAAACAUACUAGAAAUUCAAACAAAGCUAAUAACUCCACAUUUUGUGGAUUGGAAGAGUCUAGUACCGACUUUGUGCUAACGGAAACAGACGCGCAAGAAGAAUUUGCUCAACUCUUCAAGCAGCUGGAUGCGCUAAAGGACAAAAACUUGAGGCUUGGCAACCGGCAUCUGGCCGAAAAGAUAUCGGCUAUGCAAGAGGUCAGCAAACGCGUCGUCUGGUCUACCAAUAUCGAAAAAAAACCAGCGGUUUCAGCUGUCAGUGGAUACGCGUUCACCAACCACCACCACGGUUGUAGUCACCCGAUUAGCAGUAGCCAAAAAUCGUUGGUCGUCAAUCAAAAUGGCAAGAAACCGUUUAUGAAGGAAGUGACAGUGUGAUGUACAUUAUAAUGUACUAGAAAUUAUAAUAUUACGUCUAUGGGGUGCUUCUGUCACGAUAAUUCCACCGUUCAGUCGUUCAUGACUACAACCCACCAUUUCAAUAACCAUAAAUAUUGGUAAAGGGAUAGGAAAUCUGUUAAAUAUAAUGGUUCUCGCUGCGCAUGAGCUGUCGUUGAUUAGUUAUAAUCCUAUUCUGAAUAUGUUUUAUAACAAUACUAAUUUAUUGUUAUUAUUAUAUAAUGUUAUAUUGUAUGUAUUUUUUAAUGUCGCUGUGCCUAACAAACUAUAGUUAUAUAAUCGUAUAUUAAUCGGUAUAUUCAUACCGGAAAAUAUAAUUUUCAAAUCAAUUACUCUCCAAAUACCUCAAGAGAAUAUUGUGGUGAAAUGUAUGGUUUUCAAUCUAUGGUCAGAAUAAAUUACUAAUUUCACCAUUUUGAAUGUGUUUUUUUGUAUACAUAACACUUCUAUUAUUUUACCUUUAUUUAAUUUAGAUUCAAUUGUAAUCUUAGAUAAAGUUGUUCACCGUUAUACAUAUAGUUUACUGUUGAUAUGCAUAUUGGAAUCGAAGGACGAUUUUAAAACUUCAUAAUAAAAAAUGAGUCAUUGUUUUUGUGACAACUGAAUUAAAAAUAAAAAAUAUUGACAAAAAGUGAUUUAAUGUAAAAUAA